CUCGUUUCUUCCACACCGCUACCGAUAAAGCAACGAUCAGGUUCUUAGUAGCGAUAUCUGUCGGCAAUGGGCAAGGAGCGAUUCACCAUUAACCCGUUUCCGGCGUUAGCCCUCACGGAUGACGAGAAGGACCAACUCCUCGAACUGGGGCGCACCAUUAUCGAGGCCAAUUUCGAGCGUGACAACCCGUUCUUCAAAGGUGGCCGCAAGGUCGACCCGAACCGAUGGAAGCUCUCCAAAGAGCGCGAACGCAUGAAAGUGUACACGGAGCGUCCGGAAUAUGUCGGAGAUGACGCGAUGAGCAACGCAAGCUCAACAAAGCUGCCGGCCAUCCUGUCCGUUGGCCGCGUUGAAGGCAAACUGGACGAUAUGAUGUACGGCGUCGUGAAUCCUACACUCGAGGACAUGCGCAUCAAGGCUUCAUACGUGCACGACUUCGACGGUGCCGCCGUGCUCUCGACGAUCGUGAGCCCCACGGAGGAGGAACCGUUCACGUCCGUCGUGGUCAAGUGGAUGGAGAUGGAUAUCCCGCUACGCCGGACAGGUGUCGUCCAGAACCGUGACUACGUCUACCUUGAAUGCACUGGUUUCGCAAGAAUGAGCAACGGAGACCGUGCCGGUUACCAUUUCCUGCACUCAAUCGACUUCCCACAGAUCCCGAAGCUGUCGGAUCGCGUUCGAGGUGAUCUGUCCAUUUGCGGCUUCUUCCGUCAGCAGUGCCGGUUAUGA